GAACAUUCUCAUCACAGUAAGGUAGUACCGUAACAGGCCGGAUCUCCCAUCAACAAGAGUACGUAACACGUACCGUAACAACAAUGUACGUACGGUACCCCACGACUUGAAAGGAAAUUGAAGCAAGUUUAUCUUAGUGUUAUCGUUGAGACCUUGAGUUCUGCAGUUUUGAAGUUUCUUUUACUGACAGAAAUUCCUUUCGUCGAAAGAGAAACGCUCCGGCUCCACUUUCUUUCAAGUUUUUCUGUAUUCUUUGUCGUCGUUGCUGACUGAAAGUCAAUUCGUCGGAGAAAAAUGGGUCGUUCAUCACGCAAGGAAAACAAGAAGACACAAAAAGGAACGAAGCUUCGACACCCCAAAAAGUCGAAAUUUUCUGUUCAUAACAUCAAUAGCAUUCGUCAACCUUUGAACCCGCCCCCUGGGAGUGGUUGUCCUACAAGCUAUAUCUACGGAGAUAAUGCAACCAAGGCGCGGAAGCUUAAAAAACUUGAAAAGGGAAGAAAGAAGAAUAAUAAGAAGGGAUUUGUUGCACGGAAAAGGGGGAAGAGGCUAUUUAUUGCUAGAUUUCCAGUCGUUGGUCCAGGGUCGACAAAAGUACCAUGGCUGUUGGGGAAGAGCCUACCUCGAGGGGAGAAAAAGAAAAACCAGCAAGGGGGAAAGCAGCAAACGAGAAAAAUUCUGAACGGUGCCUUCUGCGUCAAUGAAUCGACGUUGAAUUUUCUAAAUGCAGAAUUAGAAUUCUUUUCUGAUUAUGUCAGACUGUCUCGACAUGAAAAAAUGGCCCGAGAGCAUAUGAUUCAUCAAAUUAAAAAAUCUUGCAAAAAUCUUUUUGGAGUGGAUGAUUCACAGUGCCAGGUUUUUGGUUCAUUUGCAGCCCAACCUGUAUGUAUUUUUGACAGCGACAUUGAUCUCGCGAUAUGGGGAGUUGUUGAGCCCGAUGACGACGAGGAGGAGGGCGACGACAACAAUCAAUUGAAAAGGCAUCUCGUCAUGAAAGGAGACAAACUCACAGCCGAAGAUGACCCAAAUGAUAAAAGUAGGAAGAAACAAGAACGUGUUUUGAAAUGGAAAGCGCUAAUCGACGAUGCAGCAAAAAAUGAGAGAAAGGACAAGGAUUUAUUAGAAAGGGUAUCCGCUGAUCUUGCCACCGAAAAAAUAUGUGGAGAAGGAAGCGCCAAAUCACCGCUGUUUGUUCUCGACCGUACUGGAGAUACGCCUUCAAAAUCGUCUGAUGAAAUAUGUGAUAGUCCGUUGGAUGAUACUACUUUGAGACCACGCUUUGUCAACAACGUCCAAAACGAUUGUAACAGUGACGAAUCUUUCAGUGAUAGCAAAGAGAACCAUAAUAGCGACUACGACUCCAAAAGCGAAAGUACGGAUGAUGACAGUGCGGACAAGCUAGAAAACUAUUUUCCUCAUCAAUGCCAUAAUAAUCCUGAAGUCGAAACAAACAAUUUAGAGGCACGCUCUGAUCCUGUUAGUAGAGAAAACCAUCACGGCAAUUUUGAUUGCAACGACCACAACAAAAACGAUGAAGAAAUGAUCCAUAAUGAUGGCGCAGUCAAACAAAGACCAAGGGGUCAGAGCUUGGUUAGUUUGUCAUCGUCUACCACUUGUAGCGUUGAGGCAAAAUUGGACGAGUCUGAAAUGGAAGUGUCGUUUGUCGUAGAGGGAAACAAGCAUAAAAUGAGAGAUAAGCUUGGCCCUAGUGGCAGAACGAGAACGCUUGUUGUUCGGUCGUUAUUCAAGCUGACAAGAUCACUCAGAUCGCUCUCGAGUCAGAUACAUGUACGCAGCAAGGCUCGUGUUCCUAUCAUCAAUAUGGUUUCAAAUUUCGGUUUCGAAUGUGAUAUUGCUUUGGGUGGACACAACGGGACAGAUACCAGUAGUUACGCUUCAACGCAACUAUCUAGGUUCAAAAGGUAAGAAAAUCUAUCUAGAAUCCUUUUGGCUUCUUUUUGACCGUCUCCAUCCGAUCUUAAACAAACAAAUGGUAUGAUUAAAUUAAUUUCUCAACCAAUUAUUCAGUUUUUCAACGACCGUAGUGUUCUUGAAGGUCUUGCUCAGUCAGCAGGGACUCGACAAGCCAUUUACAGGAGGACUAGGAUCAUAUUCGCUCUAUGUUUUGGUCGCAAGCCAUGUAAGUCAUCAAUCGCGUCAAAACAUUCUCUUGUAUCCAAGACUGUGAAUUUUCUCACACAUAUAACCUUCACUGACUAUUUCGUGAAUCGCUCCCCCAUCUUUCCCUAGAUUGAGCAUCACCUUGCCAUGGGAGGAGAUGAUACUCCGGGAGAGGUACUUUAUUCUUUCUUUUUCCGAUAUGGUGCCGUGAAACAUUCAAAUCCAAAAAUUUCUCCUUCGUGUAGAACACCUUUGUCACAAGAGUCGUUCAUUCAAACAGAGGAUGGUGGGUCGAUAGAUCUGAAAUUUUGUUUCCAGAUCGAAAAUUGUGUCACCAUAUUUCAUGAAUGCUGGCGGACACUUCAAAAGAGACUGUCAAAGGAACAGAAAUUUUCUAUCCUGCAAUACAUAAUUGAUGCGUUGAAACUAGAGGUCAGUCGAAGUCAAAGAAAAAAUCAAGCUGACAUGAAGAGAUUWGACAGGUAUUCGCAUUUUACAAAACMAUAUAAUGGAAACAGUAGAGAACAGAAAAGGGGCGAGGAUGAAGACAACGAGGCCAGAGAAUUAAUACGUGGAUACAGCCAGAAGGUUGAAGCAUUUUUGCCAGUUACCGAAAGUCCCAAAAAGAAAGGAACAAAAAAGAAGAGAAAACGCCAAAAACGUACCUAGUAAUUAAAGUAAACACCAAAGA